AUGGCAUGGGUAAUUCCACACUAUGAAUCACCAUCUCGUACAGAUGGAGAUGGUGACAAGAAGCGCUUGACCCUGGAAGAUCUUCUCCAAAUGAAUAUCGACUAUCAGUUGCCACCGGGGCAGAGGAGAUUAUUUACAGCACUGCUGCCAAGAGAGUCAUUGUUAGUCCUACCUUCAUUGACUAAUGCAAGUGCUACUUCUUCGGUGCUUGUUCCACCUACUUUGGUAUCUGAGCCACCACCUACAAGUGUGAUUGAGCCUCGUGAUCCAAUACAAGAGAUGGAGAGUAGUGAGGAUGAGGUCGAUUCUAAGUUUGAUGAGGAUGAUGGGGGAUACUCUUAG